CAACCUCAAGUUAAACGACGGUUGCAACCUCGUCAUCUUCAAAUGAUUGCCAUUGGUGGAACUAUAGGAACUGGGCUGUUUGUUGGAUCAGGAGCGACAAUUGCUACUGCAGGUCCACUCGGAUCGCUCAUUGGAUUUUUAACAGUUGGAAUUAUGGUUUAUUUUAUCACAACGAGUUUGGGUGAGCUGGCAGCCUAUAUGCCCGUAUCCGGAUCGUUCAACACAUAUGCUGGCAGGUUUGUCGAUCCUGCACUCGCGUUUGCACUUGGAUGGAAUUACUGGCUUCAAUGGGCCAUUUCAUUACCGUCUGAAUUGGCUGCAGCCGGUAUCAUCAUGUCGUUUUGGUGUCCAACAGUCCCGUCAUGGGUGUGGUCGGCCAUUAUUCUUGGACUUUUAGUUUUGAUUCAUUCUCGUGGUGUAGAAGGGUUUGGUGAAUCAGAAUACUGGCUAUCUAUCAUUAAAGUCGUGGCAAUCGUUUUGUUUAUUAUUUCUGGCACUAUGGUGGAUCUUGGAUGGAUUGGAACAGGUCCUAUGAUUGGAUUUGACAACUGGAAGAUUGAAGGUGCUCCACUCAAGAAUGGCAUUGUUGGGAUUUUUAAUGUGUUUGUGGUUGCUUUUUACGGAUUUGGCGGAACGGAACUUGUUGGUGUGACUGCUGGUGAAGCCAUCAACCCCAGUAAAAACGUUCCUAAAGCCAUCAAGCAGACAUUUUGGCGCAUUCUUCUGUUUUAUGUGAUUGCGAUUUUUGUUAUGGGACUUGUAGUGAGAAACGACGAUCCAUCACUUCUUGAUUCUGCAAACAAAGGCGACAUUACGAUUGCACCGUUUACACUUGUUUUUGAGCGUGCUGGAUUGUCGUCGGCAGCGCAUGUAAUGAACGGAGUGAUUUUUAGUGCAGUAUUGAGUGCAUCGAGUUCAGCCAUGUAUGCAGCAACUCGUACGUUGAUGUCAUUGGCACACGAUGAAAAAGCACCAGCCAUUCUAGGAAAAAUCAACUCUAAAGGUGUCCCGACAUAUAGUUUAAUUCUAACCACUUUAAUCGGAUGUCUGGCGUUUUUAUCGACCAUAUGGGGAGAUGGAGAAGUCUUUACGUGGCUGUUGAAUAUAACAGGUUCAUCAGGAAUCAUUACAUGGUUAUCGAUUGCAGUCAUUCACAUACGAUUCCGACGAGCAUUUCAACUGCAAAAGGAAAGUUUAGAUAGAUUACCGUAUUUAGCACCACUGUAUCCAUUUGGGCCAUGGAUUGCGAUUGUAUUUGGUGCUGGGAUUAUCAUUGGUCAGGGAUAUGCUGCUGCAUCGAUUGAACCUUUUAAAUUUCGCAACAUCUUUGCUGCAUAUCUCGGUAUUCCAUUUUUUCUCACAAUGCUUAUUGGAUACAAAUGGUGGCAUAAUACGAGUUUAAUUGAUUUGACCGCUUGUGAUUUAAGCGGCGGUGGGGAUGAUGAAGAGGUUGUUAUGGAUCAAGGCAACUCACAUUCGGCCGUUGAGGAGUGCACACAAUCAAGAUCUGACGAGCGAUCUUUAUUGCUACCUAUCUGAUGAAUGCCGAGCUUGAAAAUAGAAACUGGUUGCUGGGCGAGGUUGACAUACUAUCUUGAUUAAAUCCAUAAACUAUUUCAACUUGU